AUGAGAUUUGCAAACGUCUUGGCCGGCGCGGCCAUCGUCGCUGGCUCCGUCGUGUCCGCAGAACUCGAUCCUAUCAUCAUCAAGGGCUCGAAAUUCUUCUACAAAUCCAAUGGCACAGAAUUCUUUAUGCGAGGUGUUGCCUACCAACAGGACCUAUCCAGCAACGGAACCACCAGCGGUACCGAUAACUACAAAGAUCCUUUGGCCGACCCUACUGCCUGCAGGCGUGAUAUCCCGCUGCUGCAGGAAUUGCGAACAAACACCAUCCGUGUCUACGCUAUUGACCCAAAAAAGGACCACACCGAAUGUAUGAAGCUGCUUGAGGACGCCGGCAUCUAUGUCGUCGCCGAUCUUUCAGAGCCCAAAACAUCCAUCAACCGCGACGACCCCAAGUGGGACGAUGAACUCUACGAGCGUUACACGUCCGUCAUCGAUGAGCUUGCCAAAUACAGUAACGUCAUGGGUUUCUUUGCUGGCAACGAGGUGACGAACAACAAGAGCAACACCGAAGCCAGCGCUUUCGUCAAGGCUGCUGUUCGCGACAUGAAGGCCUACAUCAAAAGCAAGAACUACCACCCAAUGGGUGUCGGAUAUGCCACCAACGACGAUGCUGAAAUCCGUGACGACAUGGCCGAUUACUUCUACUGCAACAACAAGGACGAGGCCAUAGACUUCUGGGGCUACAACAUCUACUCGUGGUGUGGAGACUCGAGCUUCACCAAGUCCGGAUACGAUGCUGUCGUCAAGUACUUCAAGUCCUGGAACAUCCCCGUGUUCUUUGCUGAGUACGGCUGCAACCUCGUCCAACCCCGUAAAUUCACCGAAGUUGAAGCCAUCUAUGGCUCUCAAAUGACUCCUGUCCUCAGUGGAGGUAUCGUUUACAUGUACUUCCAAGAAGAAAACGAUUAUGGAUUGGUCGAGUUGGAGGGUGGCAAGGCCAAGAAGUUGAAGGACUUUGAGAACCUCAAGAAUCAAAUGAAGAAGGUCGAUCCAGACGGUGUUGAGAUGGAUCAGUACACUCCCGGCAACACUGACCUCCGACCCUGCCCAAGUAGCCAGGUCUGGAAAUCAAACAAGAACCUCCCUCCUACGCCCAACAAAGAGCUGUGCGGCUGCAUGGUGAAGAGCUUGUCUUGCGUUGCUGACGAUAACAUCGACGACGAAGACUUGGGAGACCUGUUCGGCACUGUCUGCGGCUUGAGCGCAGAGGCAUGUGCGGGUAUCAAAGCCGACCCGGCUACCGGCAAGUACGGAGCCUACAGCAUGUGUAACCCCCGUGAACAACUCUCCUUCGCCUUCAACUCGUACUACGAGGCACAAUCUGCCAAGGGCAACGGCCAAAACGCAUGUGACUUCAAGGGCAAGGCCAAGCAACAGUCCGCUGUCGAGCCUACUGGCACUUGCAGCAAGCUCAUCGAGCAGGCCGGCAAGGACGGAUCGGGUACCGUCGGUUCUUCUCCCAACUCCGCCUCGUCCUCCUCAGCUGCCGCCCCCAUGGUUGUGCCCGCGUUCAACUUCAACAUCCUCCAGCUCGGCGCUUACGUGUUCUGUGCGACCCUGGCUGGUGCUGGCAUGAUUCUCUUGUAA